AUGGCUCAUAAAAUGAUAGCUAUUCAGUUAACAAACUGCCUGAGUGUACUGGAGAAUGAACAUGACCUCGAAUCUGUCUUUUCUGGCGAAACGCUAGAUGCAGCCGCUACUCCAGUUUUUCGCAACCGCAUCCUGUCUUACACGACGCUCAGAGAACUCCCAGUCGUUUCAGGAAUGCUCAAAUCUGAACACUUACUAUAUCCUUCUAUUGCAGCUUUGAAGAAAGGAGAGCCACCCCUACUCUCCACACAGCUGAACAAGCUACAUUUUAUAAAAAAAAAUGCGCCUGUCCUCACUGUUUUUAUCCAUGAAAAGGGCCUGAAGCGCGAAUAUUGUAAAAUCUACUUUAAAGUUUUACAAAAUAAUUUGACUUGUUAUGUGCUCAUGUUUUCUGAGGGCGAUAACAUAGUUCUCUUCAACAAUGCCUUGAAACCUCAUUGCGAUGCCAUUUUUAAGGACACCAAGAUCCGGGUCAUUGGCGCUUCAGGUGCUUCCUCCACUUUCGGUAAUGCUGCAAUGAAGAUGUUUCUUUUGAACAGCUCAUCUGUGUCUCUUGUUGAUGGCAUGGAAAAGGAUCUUAUAGAAUCUAUGGAAUCUAUAAAAGAUCUCACCAUUUCGAAUGCUCAAAAAUCUAACAAGCUCUAUGGCGCUGUUGCUAGCCAGAGGCGCACUGAGGUACUGAAACUCCUAUCCCUGGCAGUAUCAAUAGCUCCAGUACCAUUCGCGACAUUUUUUGAACAUGGCAAUCGAAAGAUUGAUGGUGUAAAAGUGCCUGGGUCUAUUCGUAUAUUUCAAACAUCACCAAAGACAUCAGAUGUCCACAUGUCAAAUGACUCUCUCGUUUUAUCUACAAUAAUGUUGACCUUGAUUGAACAAGAGGUUCUGAAAAUGCGGGGAAACAAUAAGCCAUCGUUGGUUUAACAAAAAAGAAAUUAUCAUAAAAAAAAACGAGGGACAAGGUGGCUUGAGUAAAAAUAGAUGAAAUGUAGGAUUUGUCCAAUAAAUGGACUUUGAUUGAUGUCAAGCUGAUUGAUCUACGUAGCUCAUUUUUUA